UUUUACAAAUUUUCACCCUCCAUUUUUUCUCCAUCAUCCACUGUGCACGUUGAUGAUGAUAAGAUAAGCCACAAAAACACACGCUCGUACUCUCCUCCACUCUUCCACCACCACCAUGGAAACCACCAGUCUCCUCUCCUUUCCCUCCUCCAAACCUCCUCCUACCCGAACCCAUUUUCGGCCCGCAAACCCAUUUUCCUUUUCCUUCCCCACAACCCACAAAACCUCCAUUUCACACAGACCCAUUAACAUCAAAUCCGCAAUUUCCCGCACAAAAAAGGAAGAAACAGUGGAAACAGUCAAAACCCAGCUCGAAAAUUGCUACCUCUUAGCAGCUAUAAAAUACACAGGCUUCACAGUCAAACAAUUUCAAGACUUGAGAAGAUCAUUACCUGAAUCAUCAAAAAUCAUUGUUGCUAAAAACACUUUGGUGUAUAAGGCCAUUGAAAAUACGCCAUGGGAAGCUUUAAAACCUUGUAUGACAGGAAUGAAUGCUUGGCUUUUUGUGCAUAGUGAGGAAAUUCCUGAAGCUUUAAAGCCUUAUAGGGAUUUUCAAAAAGAAAAGAAGUUAGAGAAUGAUUUUACCGGGGCUGUUUUUGAAGGAAAGUUUUAUGGGCCUGGUGAUUUUAAGCAACUUGAAACAAUGCCGUCCAGAGCUGAGAUUUAUGCUAAGAUUUUGGGGGCUUUACAGGGUCCUGCUAUUGGAUUGGUGGGUACUUUACAGGCGCCGGCGAGGGAUGUUGUUAUGGUUUUGAAGGCUUAUGUGCAGAAGUUGGAGGAGGAGAGUAGUGGGCAAUAGUGGAGAUGCAAUGUAAUGCGAUAAUUGUUUCAAGAUGCGUCCUGGGACAGAAUCUAUUCAGAAGUACUUGAAGAAACAUGUGCCACUCAAGAAAUUGUUCCGUGCAGCCAUCAACUAGAUCUUUCACUUGGUAACAACGUUGCUAUUAUUUUCAGACUUGCUAUUAUUUUCAGACUUGUUUGAAUACUACUAUCAUUGUUUACCUGCUGCUCUGGCCUUUGUUACUUGUUAGAAGUAUUCACCAGGUAUUUGUUUGUUGCCUGCUUCUUUCA